UCAAACAUAGUUUAAUGGUUUACCCCUUCACAUCGAAAGCUCGACAAGAUGGCGGCUGUUGGUUUGCAAGGACUGAAUCCUGCCCAAGAUCGCUCUCUCCGCUCCGUGUUCGUGGGGAAUAUUCCCUAUGAGGCCACAGAAGAACAGUUGAAAGACAUCUUCUCCGAAGUCGGUCCAGUCAUCAGUUUUAGGUUGGUGUAUGACAGAGAAACAGGGAAGCCCAAAGGCUAUGGCUUCUGUGAGUACAAGGACCAGGAGACUGCCCUCAGUGCCAUGAGGAACCUGAACGGGCAUGAACUCAACGGGAGACAACUCCGCGUGGACAACGCAGCCAGCGAGAAGAGCAAGGAGGAACUCAAACAGCUUACUGUGUCUGGACCUUCACAAGAAUCUCCCUAUGGACCACCUGUCCAGCCAGAGGAUGCUCCUGAGGCCAUCAGCCAGGCUGUGGCCAGUCUGCCGCCUGAACAGAUGUUUGAACUCAUGAAACAGAUGAAGUUGUGUAUCCAGAACAACCCUCAGGAGGCGAGGAACAUGCUCCUACAGAACCCGCAGCUGGCCUACGCACUGCUGCAGGCUCAGGUCGUCAUGAGAAUAGUCGACCCACAUGUAGCCAUGAAAAUGCUCCAUCGCCAGCCGUCCAAGGUGGAGCCGUUAGUUCCUGCAGGACAGGGAGGGUCUGCCCCCCAGCAGCAACAGUCUCCUCAUAUGGGACGUCCACCAAUGGGAAGCCAGUCCCAGAUGAUGCCCCAGCAGCCGUCUGUGUCCAUGGCAGGUGGACCGGGCAUGGGCCAGCCUGGGAUGCAGAUGGGUGGGCCGGGGCCCAUGGGUCCGGGGGGGCCACCCAUGCAGCCUGGACCCAUGAUGGGCCAGCCUGGGCCGAUGAUGGGGCAGCCUGGACCGGGACCCAUGCAGGGUGGACCCAUGAUGGACCAGCCCAUGAUGCACGACCCACGGGCCAGAGGCCCCCACGGUCCUGGGGACAUGGGUCGACCGCGGCCCGCACUCCUGGGAGAUGGACCCAUGGACCCACGCAUGGGACGGGACGGAGGCAUGGACCCCAGGGGACCUAUGGACCCCAGGGGACCUCAAGGCCCCCACCCAGGGGGACCCAGCCCCAUGGGUCAGGACAGGGGCCAGGGGCCGCAUGACCCCAGAGGCUUCCAUGGAGGUCCCGAUGGGGGUUACGGAGAUCAAGGACACUACCGAGGCCGGCCUGACCCUAGGGCGAUGGGAUCCCGGGGACCCAACCCACGGGGGCCUGACGGACCGCCACAGAGGAUGAAUGCACCCGGGUUGCCCAGCAGCAUCUCCAACCUGGCUGACCAGUUAAUGGGACCCAUGGGAGGGGGAGGGCCCGGCGGUGGAGCUCACAUGUCCCCACACUCCGACUCUAACCCCACACCAGCUGACCAGGAGAAGGCUGCCCUGAUCAUGCAGGUUCUUCAGCUCUCUCCUGAGCAGAUCGCCAUGCUGCCUCCUGAACAGAGACAGAGCAUCAUGAUCCUCAAGGAACAGAUCCAGUCUUCACAGAGACAGUAAAACUCUGGCCCCCUCUUCUUUUAUUUUCUUCUGUACUAAAUAUCAUUGGUUUCAAUAAAAGUUGAUGUGGUAAUGCCACUGAUACUUCCCUGUAUGCUAUAUGCAACUUUCACCCAGCAUGUCGGACAUUUUAGCAUUCCAAACUCAAUGGUACUACAACUGUAUUGUCAGCCACCUAAAUCUGCAGUAUACCACCACCAACAUUCAAGUGACGGUCUAGAAGAUUUUGGAUGUUGUUCAUAAAUACAUUGUACAUGUAUUUAAUCAUUAAUAGUUGGAUGGACAGUUUGUGAACUGUACAAGGGAUAGUACAUUGUUGUAGAGCAGAUGCUGCCAUUUCUUUAGCAUGCUGAUUCCCAUUCUCUGUAUCAGUAACAGUACUCAAUAAAGGUCAUUUUAUGAACUUC